UGCAUGUAUUAGCAUGCUGUACUGUAUGUUGGUGGACUAGCUUCAUUUAUCGGAGCUCUUGCACGGGCUAACCUGUCUGUAUCGAUGAAACAACCUCAUAAUGAACCCGCGGGACCAUAAUCCCCCUUUCAAACGUCAUGAAACACUUAAGGAUUCGUCGAAAAACAGCGAGAAACCGCUGCAGAUGAAAAGGGUACCAUUUGGCUAUAAAGAAGCAAUGAAUUUCAUCCCAAGAAAGCUAGAAGGUUACACAAAGGGCUCAGCUGGUUACGUUCCUCGGUCCCAGAAAACUGAAGCCCGAGUGCCUGGCCGCUCCACCUCACACACAAGCGAGCACAGCAGCAGCAGCAGCAGCUCUCCCCCACUCACUCACUCAGCUGCAGCAGAGAAGAGGACUAAGACCAGAGAAACGGCGAGAGAAACUGCAUUGUUUUUACUUCAUGGACCCACUGAGUUAAAAUGGAAGUCUUCAUUUAAACCGUUAGAUGAAGCAGAAGAAAGCCCCUCUGAGGAAAAGAAAAUAAGCACUCCGAAGAAGGAUGAGCUCUACAAUCCUUACGAGCCUGGUUCAUCAGACUCUGAGCAUGAGAUGCCGGAGAGUCAAGACAACGCCGACAAUGAACCAGUUCAGCAACAGGGAAGUCAGAGUCUGUCCCCACAAAGUAGCAGCAGUCAAAGCCGCUGGGACUCAUCUGUACUGAGGCCAGGAAGCCGACCCCUCAGCAGGCUGGACUUUGGCUCGGUGACAAUACCAAACAAGAGCCAGAGUCUCAGUCCAGUGCACAGACCUCCUGAAAAGCAGGCUUAUAGUCCAGACACAGAAUCCCUUGACCCACCGAGUUAUGACCCUGGAAACAGACCUCUGGCCCACCGAGCCUGCAGCCCUGACAGGCUUAUCCCUGCUUCCUCCACCCAAGUUUUCCCUGCUUACGGAGCACAGAGGACCAACGGGGAGGAGAGGAUACCAAUCCAAGAGUUCAGGAGAGAUGUAUCACCUGUGAGACAGAUAACCACUGUUAGAUUAUCACCACCCAGGUUAAAGCGGGACUACCCCCAACAGUUGGCACCUGUUGAAACAGAUCUGGACCAAAUCCCGCCCUCCAACAAGGUGACAAGACUUGGAAGCAAAAAUGUUUUAAUGGACAAGAACCCCAUUGUCUGUGACCUCUGUGAUGUGGAGUUGGGGAAUGGUCUGGAGCUGGAGGAUCACUUAGAGAGCAAGAGUCACUGGGACACCUUGGAGUACAUCCAGCAGCACAAUAAUUAUGAUGAUAUUAUAAUAGCAUUCUUACAGGACACAAUGCUGUAUAAAAGCCGUCAGUGCAGUCGAGCCAUAGAGGGCUGUGCACUCCAAGCUCUUCAGGAAAACAAUCACAUGACAAAGAUGGAAGUCUUCCACUGUGCUGCCUGCAAAGUCUUUGUCUCCACAUCGGCAUCCUCAGUGCAGACUCACAUCACCUCUAAGGAACACCUCAGUAACACACAGGAGUUUGAAGCACGACAGAGACACGUUUGCCUGAGCAAAGCAGAAUCCAUGAUGAAGGAGCUGGAACCUCAGUUUGAACUCUUCCUUCAGGGUGCCAGCCCGUUCGAAUGACAGAAAUCCGACUCUUGAAAGAUUGUUACACUGAGAUCCUGCUCUGCUUCUGAUGAAGAUCCACAGAUCUGAACUGCUGACUUCAGUCAAAACUUCACAUUAAUGGGACCUUUUGUGUGCAGACAACCAACUGUGCCAUACGUGAUUUUUCUGUAUUAUUAUGGAGCUCCAUACAUUAGCAGAGAAAGGUUUGGAUUCCUUGGUCAUUUUUUCCCAAAUUCUACUUAUAAAAACUAAAAUUAAGCUAAAAAAUCAUGAAAGUUAAAGGUGCAAUGUGUAAAACUGAAUGUCAACAUCUAGAAGUGGGUUCUAGAUUGCAUUUCUCUG